UGUGCUUGCAGUCUUAGUAGCGCCAAGCGUCCAUGUUGAACAGAACUGGUCUACAAAAAAAAUUACUUCUUUUACGAUUGUUUCAUAUAAAAGCUCUCGACUGCAACAUUACCUGGGCAGGCAAAUAACUAGAGUAUCUACCUGAAUCAAUUGUUUUAUAUAACUCUCAAAAUUUAUUACGUUAUCACACGAUAAUAUGAGCAAGAAAUCUUCGGCAAGUUCCGGCGAGGAAGGUCGCUCAAAGAAGAAAGGUGGUGGAUUUCUUGCAAGACAAGCGAAGGCUAAAAAGACAAUUUCCGAAGAGGAAUUAUUAUCUAAAGAUAGCAUACGACCAGAGGAUGUAAAGAGACUGGCUAGAUCAACUGAAAAUUAUUUGUGUGAGCCCACUGCCAACGUAUACAACAUCGAUUUUACGAGGUUUAAGAUCAGAGAUAUGGAAACAGGCGCUACAUUAUUCGAAAUCGCAAAACCGGACAACAUCGACGAAGAAAUUACUGACAACGACGAAGAUCCGAACGCUGGCAGAUACGUUCGCUACAAAUUCACCCCAGAAUUCCUCAAACUUAAAACCGUAGGAGCCACGGUCGAGUUCACAGUUGGCGACAAACCUGUCACGAAUUUCCGAAUGGUUGAACGGCAUUACUACCACGAAAAACUCCUGAAAAGCUUUGAUUUUGAGUUUGGAUUCUGUAUUCCAAACAGUAAAAACACAUGCGAGCACAUCUACGAAUUUCCAACAUUAACGCCGGACGAGAUGCAAGAAAUGAUUGAACAUCCAUUUGAAACCAAAUCUGAUAGUUUCUACUUUGUGGACAACAAACUUAUAAUGCAUAACAAAGCUGAUUAUGCAUACAAUGGAUAGCUUCUGCAGCAUCAGAGACCUCCCUUGUCAUCAUAAAUAUGUUGGUUAGCACGUCAUGAAUUAUACUAAUACUGCUUCUUGUCACAUUUGUUGCUGAGUCCAAUGUGAAGAUAGAAUACAGUUAUAUAGUUCUAUGUAAUUCAAUAUUUGGGAAUAAUAGAUGCUGCUGUACAUAAAUGAUAUGUAUUGUAAUGUAACAUCUAUAGUUUUUACUUUGACGUCUGGUUUCUAGGUGUUAGUAAGCAUAUGUGCUGUAUGUUAUUCUCUGAUUUGGUACAUUAUUUGUAUUAUAGUUUUCUAUUCAGCUAAUUUGUAGUAUUCAGUAUGUUAAUGCAUUUACAAUCUAUGUAAUAAUUACAUUUUUUAUUGCUUCCCUGAACAAAAUACAAUUUUGUUGAAGUAAGAAUUGAAUAAUUGAAUUCUGUUGUUUGAUUCCUGAAGAAAUCAAAAUGAGCUUGGAAUUUCCAGUUCCAAGCAUGGUGUUGGACUCUUUGGGAAUCAAUCAUUAUUCAAAUGAUUAGGCCCCAAACAAUUAAGUUUAGAAAGACCACUGGGAUCCUAUUGUCAUUAGAAAAAAUAACACACCUAUGGUGUACGAUCAUUCAGUGCUGUUUCCAAAGAAAUCAAAACAGAAAACGUAUUUUUAAUAUAUUUCAUUUCUUUCCAUUCCCAUACAUUCACGUUUACCAAGUGUUAUAAAGGGCAAAAUCGGUAAUUGUUUCAAUAUCUACAACAAUAUGUAUAAUAUGAUCAUACACCCUUUUCGUUCAGCAAUCACUAUGAUAUUUCGUCAACCUAUAUUCUGUACUUAUUUUGAAAUUAUCUCGUUAUUAUUUUAAUGUUUUUCUUCUAGCUCACGAUCUCUUAUUCUGCUUUAUUUUUAGACGGCACUAUCAAUAGUGGGUCAAGAAUAUUUCAGAGGGUGGUCAUUUUUUGGAAACAAUACUAAAUUUCUUCAAGCCCUUAAUUAAUUAUCUGCUUUGAAUGGGUUAUAUUGGACCAACAGAACCCAUCCCUGUUUCCGCCACCGACUAACAAAAAAAAAAAAUGAACGGAAACAGAUUCAGAUUUAAUAACUUUUUUUUCGAGGCAUUUGCUGUCGACUUUUGAUAUAAACCCCUCUCCAAAAAGGAUAAAGCUUUCAUGUAGAGCCCUAUGGCCAUAUUCUGGCGUAACUCAUUCAGGCUCAUCUUGCUUAUCUUUUUGUAAAUAAAAAUCAUAGAACCUAAA